AUGUCGAUUUUGUUCUUUCAGGUUCCGACGGCGGAGGACAUCAUGAAGUGCGGCAUCGCUUUGCCGAACGUGCAGUCCUCCUCGGACCACAUCAUGCUCCUGUGCGACGUCCAGCUCGGGGGAGCCACGGGUCACUCGGGCCAGGCGCAGCCGCCGGCGUCGCCUAUCUUUCAGGGGCAGCAGAAGUACUACCCAAAAUGACGAGAUAGCAUCGGAGCAGUUUUGAUCCAGGCGAUUUGCGUAAAAAAAGGGAAGGGGGGGAGGGGGGGGGGGGGAGAUUACUUUUUGUCCCCCACCCUGCCUUAAAUGUUGUGGCGUUUUUCCCAAAGUUGGUGUGGAAAGGCGAUGGCCCAAAGGGGGGGGGGUGCGGGGAUAUAGGGGAACUACGGUGCGUUUAAAAAGUAAUUGUGAUUAUAACGCUCAAGCCGUCACUUGUUGUUCUUGAGUGGACUGAGAGCUUGGCGCAUUUGUUUAGGCGGGCGGGCUCGGAGUUCGCCGGAAGGAGGCAAGGGAAGGAAGGUUGGGGCCGGCCGGCCACCGCGUCUGGUAGGAGUAGCAUCGUGUGGGAAGGUUACGGUUGGCAGCAUGCGUGAGGAUCGUGGGAUGGGUGUUGUGGUUGACGCUCUUUUCCGUUGUCCGCACAAGGGCAGGAGGGGGAAGAGUCGAUAGCGUUGAAGCCGGGAGGGAGGAGAGGAGGACGCGAGGGCGGGGCAGCACGGGCGGGGGGGGAGUGUAUGUGCGGAUCCCCCUGGAGUGUAUGUGCGGAUCCACCUGGAGUGUAUGUGCGGAUCCCCCUGUGGCGUUUCGGGCGGCGAGUGGCAUGCUCCGAGCUCUACCCCCAAACUCGUCUUCUCUGACUCUCUCCUCGUGUGGGUGCCGAUCUCUCAACGUGUUAACCCCCCCCCCCCCCCAAUGUGUGCCAAAAAGGGGGGGGGGGCCGGAUUCGGCUUCCGUGGUCUAGUUUUUUUUUUGUCGUGGUGGUGUUUUCCCACUGAGGGAGCUCCGCCGUUUCAUACCAGGUGGCGUGACGUGCUCAGCAGAAGUAGCGGCCUGGUCGCUGAGCAACGUGGUGAAUCAUCGGUCGCUUGUUGGCUGGCACACCUGCCUUCCUGCUGGGAGGAAUCGGAGGAAGGUGGGGGAGGGAGUUUGGUGGUUUUGUUUUCGUCUUGCCUGCAGCAUGGCCUAUGGAUGUGUUGAUCUGUCGUUUGGCUUGGUUCGUUAGCAUAGGCUAGAUUUAUCGCUCUUUGUCUUUCAUGUUUCGCGUACCCUUUUAAGACAUCCAGAAACAAAAGUGGAAGGGUUGUUACCAGCGUAGAGCGAGUGUUGAUAAACUGCGUGCGCCCGAGAACAUAAAUUCGGCAUAUUUUAGUGUUUGGUUUCUUGGCGGCAUGCGGGAGCGGGGAUUUCGGGUGUGGGUCAUUUCGGGGUAAGGUUGAGGGUUGCAUCAAGGGAUCGUUUUUUGUGAUGAUGACUUCGUGGAAUCAAAAUCAUGGGUGUUGACGCGGGCCGCCUAUCUCACCCCGUGUCUAGUAGUUUUUGUGUGAAGGUAUUAUAGAGUCGUAGGUUUUUGCGGGUUCUGAUCUCCCGUCUUUUGACCGAAGCGGAGGGUGUGGCGAUACGCGAGAGGGAAAAAGCGCGUGUCGUUUUUUUUUCAUUUGUUUCUUUUUCUUCCCUGUUUCGUAAAAGCUGCGAAGAAAGAGGCGAUUGUGUUCAUUCCCGACCGCGCAAGCUCUAGUUGAAGGGGGGGGGGGGUACGCUGGCAACCCUGUUAUCAAAAUGAAUUUUUCGUUGCUGGUCGUUUUUCUUAAUAGAUGUUUUGCUCUCGGUCAGUAGCCGUCGUUUCGAGGGGGGGAUGAUCUUGUUACUGCGCCACACCCGCGGCUUCAGCCGCAUCGCCAGCAGCAGCGAAGGCAGCACAGUAGUCGCACGUAUGUGUGUGUGUGUUGUGUGUGUGGCGAGUGGUGAGUGGUGAGAGAAGGCUACAGGCACGUACGAUAGGCUCGGUCUGUUCUGAAACAACGACAAUCCUUCCAUGCACACGCGAGCAGCAAAGCGACCCGCGUACACGCACGCGCACGUGCAGUGCUGGGGGUGUGGCGCGCUUUCUCGUGUGCCCUUGAGCCAGCGCUUUCGUGUACCACGUCUGUGUUGGUUGGGUGAAGUCGUUGGCUUGCUGUAGGCUGUCGUCUGCUCCAAGAGUACUCUGCUGCCAGUUUUUAUUCCAGGAAAAAGAACACGUCCGACAAUGCCACACUCGUUCGCUCGAAAGACGGGACGAGAGAGGGCGCACGAAGUUCCGCCAAAAAGCGCGUGACGAUGUACAUGGAUGCUACCGCACAUCUAGCGGACACGACACGUGGGACUUGAAACGGCAAUGAUUCUGCUCGGCUUUGUGAUGAAGGCAUACUAGGCGGGAAAACUGCUUUCUGAGGGUGUUUCAAACAAAGGUUGUCAGUGCUGGCCAACACCGCAUUACCGCAAAGGCGGUCAACACAAGUUUGUGGCUGUCAUUCUGUGAAAAACCUCUCGCUACAUAGAACGCUAUGAAAUUCUGGUGUCCAUGCCACGAAUACAACGUAUGCCCACGUGUGAAGAACACCAUGGUACGGAUUUUCGUCUUGAAGUUUUCGGCCAAUUGAUGGUGCUGCUUUCUCGCUCAUGGUCGGUGGUGGCGGCAAGCGCGGUGUCACCGGUAGUGAAUGAAUGCGGCGUUGUUUGCGCGCUGGGAAAAAAUCCUCUUCACCCUUGCCUGUACAGCCCGGGGCCGCUGGUGAGCCCGGUGCACGCGCGAUCGUUUCAAAACACCUUCCCCACCUGCCGUGAGAGCUUCUUCCCUCCGUCGGACAGUGAUCUGUGCCACUACACUUGCUCUUAUUUUCCCAUCGGAAUCACUGUUUAGUUUCGUGUGAAGCGUCUAGACUACGAAACAUAGUACGGUCAAGAAGAAGAGCAUCGCAGCGGUGAAACUGGCUGACCAAUGAAAUCACGUCAGUCAGUCUCACUACGGCGGCCAACAACGGAAAACGCUUCUAGAGGCGCCAUGCUCUGGGACCCCAGGUGUUGCUGGUCGUUUCCAUUUGUUCCCGACCUCCGUUGCUACGCCUUACGGUACAUAUUGCCAGGAAGAAGGUCACACAUAAGACUGCCCUUCAUCCCACCUUCACUUUCCUGCGCGGCGCUUGCUGCAUGUCUCUGCGCGAGCAUGCGGUCGUCCGACAUACAUCCGCUCGUCCCUCUGCCCGAUCUACGCCAAACAUCAGAGUCUAUAAAAUACUUCCGCUUUUCAUGCGUUCUCGUUUGGUCCCCCUCUUGAUCCGGCAUCAGCCGCGCAGUUCAAGAACUAAGCAGGACGCCUUCAUCUCUUUGCUCCGCCACACCACUCAAGCUCUCAGCGCGCCCUUUGCACCUCUACUGCCCCGCCGCCGACCGCU